AACAGCAAAAUGGACACUUAAUGUGUAAUACCCAAAAGAUAAGAGUUGUAAUAGUUGUACUUUAAUGACCACUUGGAUCACACAUUUUUGUCACGAUUGUCAACCGCGUCGGAGUGGAUUGUGAACCUUUGGCAAUCAAUCUCAUCAGCCGACAAUGAGUACGCCAACCUACGACUGGGCAGUUAGGAAUGCUCACAUUAAGUCCGACUUUGUCCGGGAAGCUAUUGCUGAGUUUCUUGGAACCUUACUUCUCCUGUUCUUUGUUGUUGGAUCAGGGUUGGGGGCACUCAUCCAUCCUGACUCACAUGCUGUGGGCGUUUUUGGCGUUGUCUUCGGGUUGAUGGUCUGCGUGCUGAUUUUCGGUGGCGUCAGUGGAGCCCAUAUCAAUCCAGCCGUAAGCAUUGGCCUUGCUGUCGCUGGACAUUUAAAAUGGGCCAAGGUGCCCUUGUAUAUACUUGUUCAAUUGCUUGGUGGCUAUCUUGGAUCACUGUUAGCAUAUCUUCUUUAUGAAGAUCAUAUUGAGAAUUAUGUGAAGGGCUUGGCUCCCGAAUGGACAGGAUCUAUUCCAGAAUAUGAUUUGAAUACGGGUGGCAAAAUUAUGGCAUCAUUCAGUCCUGCCGGUGCUGGAACUUCACUUGGAAUCGGAGUUUUGACCGAGAUUAUUUUAACUGGAAUUUUACUAAUGGCUGUGAUGAGUGUAAUUGACAAAGGCAACAUGAAAGUUCCUCCGCAUUUGGUGGCAUUUUUAUUGGCACUGACCGUUGCUGCAUUAGCAAUGUCGCAUUCAGUUGUGACGGGCACAAUGUUGAAUCCGGCAAGAGAUUUCACUCCGAGACUAGCAGCAAAAACAUUGGGAUGGGAUAACAAACUCUGUUUUCAAAAUAUAAACUUUCAGGGUAAACGACAAGAGUGGUGGCUGGUGGGAGUUAUUGCUCCGCCAUUGGGGGCAAUCUUGGGAGUUUUGAUCUACAACUUUCUCGUUGGUGCCCAGUUGACCAACAAUAGAGAUGAGUUGGAGCCAAAUAACAACGUUGGAGGAGGAAAGGGCGAAAAUGGGGACUGGAGAAAUAACACCAUGUUCAUUCCAAGGACUGGAGCUCAACCCCCUGUUCACCAGCCACCAAAUUAUAACCAAGGGCAAAUUAAUGGACAUUAUAACCCAGGGUUUGCGCCAGGUGACGUUCGACAACAGCGAUAUUAAGCAGGCGUACACAGUAUUAAUGAAUUUAUAAAAGUUUUUACGUUAUAUACUCGAUACUUAUUCGAUGAGAUUAAUUCAUAUUUUUAAUACUAAAUGACAAAUUUCAUAAAAAUAUUGUACAUAUAAUUCAAUAAACCUUGGUUCAGAUGUUUCUAUAAUGCA